AAGAACACAGCAAAGCCUGCUCCAAACUUCUCAGCUGUUGACAGGCUUGACUUGCUGAGAACACUGGUUAAAUAUAGCACAAGCAAGCUGAGCUCAACCAAGUCAUUGCUCUUAACGGUGUGCGAGGAGACCAGAAGAGGGGAAAUGCAAUCUCAGAACUUCACUGCUAAAGCCUAACACCACAGAGCAACAGUUGUGGGUGGUGGCAACGCAACAACAACAAAACUUGCAGACAAAAACCUGGGUGAAACACAAGAGAGAGUUCCUACCUCCUGUUUCUUCUGACUGGUAUUUCUCUGAACAGGAACUACGUUCCUCUUCUGCUUUCUUCCCUAUUUCCUGCAUUACUUCAGUCACUGGUAGAUCUAGGGGAGGAAAGGCUUCUGUCUGUGUGUUCUUCUGAACUGGAUACCCUCAUUCUUGGUCAUGCAAGUGAAAUUUCUGGAGUCUUCCAAGAACCCAGUGUCUUUGUAAAGGGCAAACAUCUAGCUCCUUUCUUACAGCUGGCAGGUCAGGAUGAGAUCCCGAAAUCAAGGUGGAGAAAGCUCAUCUAAUGGGCAUUUCUCCAGGUCAAAACCCAUGAUCAACAUCACAGAAAGCCAAAACCUUCAAGAAGAUGCAAAGAAAAAAAACAAAUCUAAUCGAAAAGAAGACGAGGGCACAGGAACUGUCAAACCCCACAGCAAAAUGGCAGGUCCCAGUGAGCGGAAAGGCAAGAAAUCCAUAGAGCUUUCCAAAGAAGACCUGAUCCGGCUCCUCAGUAUAAUGGAAGGAGAACUACAGGCUAGAGAAGAUGUGAUCCACAUGCUGAAGACAGAGAAAAUCAAGCCUGAAGUUCUAGAGGCACACUAUGGAUCUGCAGCUCCAGAUAAUGUUCUCAGAAUAUUGCACAGAGAUGCUAUCCUCGCCGAAGAGAAAUCAGCUGGGGAAGAUGUCUAUGAGAAGCCCAUUUCAGAGCUGGAUAGACUGGAAGAAAAGCAGAAAGAAACCUACCGGCGCAUGCUGGAGCAGCUUCUUUUGGCAGAGAAAUGCCAUCGGCGCACAGUUUAUGAGCUGGAAAAUGAGAAGCAUAAACAUACAGAUUACAUGAACAAGAGCGAUGACUUUACCAACCUCUUGGAGCAGGAACGUGAAAGGUUAAAGAAGCUUCUUGAACAAGAAAAGAUCUAUCAAGCCCGGAAGGAAAAAGAACAUGGGAAAAGGCUCAACAAGCUAAGAGAAGAAUUAGUCAAGCUCAAGUCAUUUGCACUCAUGCUGGUGGAUGAGAGACAGAUACACAUUGAGCAGCUUGAGCAGCAAACCCAGAAAAUACAAGAUCUAACUCAGAAAUUAAGAGAAGAAGAAGAAAAACUUAAAAUUUUUAAUUCCAAAGCAAAAGAGGAUGGGCAGAAGCUGAUGAAAUUAGAGGCAGAACUUGAACACAAGACAUCCUCCUUCUCUCAAGAGCAUGAAGAUAUGACUGCUAAAUUGGCUAGUCAAGAGUCACACAACAGACAGCUCAGACUUAAGCUGGUUGGUUUAACCCGUAGGAUUGAGGAACUGGAAGAAACCAACAAAAAUCUCCAGAAGACUGAAGAAGAGCUUCAGGAGCUGAGAGACAAAAUAGCUAAAGGGGAAUGUGGGAACUCUAGCUUGAUGGCUGAAGUGGAAAAUCUCCGCAAGAGGGUGCUUGAAAUGGAAGGGAAAGAUGAGGAGAUCACCAAAACCGAAUCUCAGUGUAAAGAGCUUAAAAAGAAACUGCAGGAGGAGGAGCACCAUAGUAAGGAACUGAAACUCGAAGUGGAGAAACUACAGAAGAGAAUGUCAGAACUGGAGAGGCUGGAAGAGGCUUUCAGCAAAAGCAAAUCUGAGUGUAUCCAGUUGCAUCUGAACCUGGAGAAAGAAAAGAACCUCACCAAAGACUUGAUCAAUGAGUUAGAAGUAGUGAAGACACGAGUAAAGGAUCUUGAGUCUUCAGAAAGUAAGCUGGGAAAGGCUGAGUUGAUGUUAAAAGAUGACCUUACAAAGCUGAAGUCUUUUACAGUCAUGCUGGUUGAUGAAAGGAAAAACAUGGUGGAUAAGAUAAAGCAGGAAGAGAGGAGAGUUGAAAGCUUGGAUAAGAACUUUAAGGUGGAACAAGGCAAAGUGAUGGAAGUGACUGAAAAACUUAUAGAUGAAAGUAAAAAGUUUUUGAAGCUGAAAUCUGAAAUGGAAGAAAAGGUAUCCAGUUUGAUGAAGGAAAGGGAUGAGUUAAUGGGCAAGUUGAAGAAUGAAGAGGAAAAAUCCUCUGAGCUGACCUGUACAGUGGAUCUAUUAAAUAAAAGGAUAGAUGGCAUAGAGGAAGUAGAGAGAGAAAUAGCCAGAGGUCGGGUUAGGAAAGGACCAGGGCUUCCUGGCCAAGAAGAUAACAAGAUUAAAGAACUAACCGUUGAAAUCGAAAGGCUGAAAAAGCGUCUCAAGCAAUUAGAAGUGGUUGAAGGAGACUUGAUGAAGACAGAGGAUGAAUAUGAUCAGCUGGAGCAAAAAUUCAGAACUGAGCAGGACAAAGCUAACUUCCUUUCUCAGCAGCUGGAAGAAAUGAAGCUCCAGAUUGCUAAAAACAAAGCAAUAGAGAAGGGCGAGGUGGUGAGUCAGGAGGCAGAGCUGAGGCAAAGGUUUCGGCUGGAAGAAGCUAAAAGCAGAGACUUAAAAGCCGAAGUUCAGGCACUUAAAGAGAAAAUUCAUGAGCUGAUGAACAAAGAAGACCAGCUUUCUCAGCUCCAAGUGGAUUACUCAGUCCUUCAGCAGCGGUUUCUGGAAGAAGAAAAUAAAAACAAGACCAUGGGGCAGGAGGUGCAGAACUUAACAAAAGAGCUUGAGCUGUCUAAACGCUACAGUCGUGCCCUGAGACCCAGCAUGAAUGGCAGAAGAAUGGUAGAUGUACAUGUUGCAUCCACUGGAGUACAAACUGAUGCGGUGAGUAGCGAAACAGCAGAAGAAGAAACACCUGCUGUGUUCAUAAGGAAAUCCUUCCAGGAAGAGAACCACAUCAUGAGCAAUCUUCGGCAGGUAGGGCUUAAAAAACCUACUGAGAGGUCAUCUGUGCUUGACAGAUAUCCUCCCGCAGCAAAUGAGCUAACAAUGAGGAAGUCCUGGAUUCCAUGGAUGAAAAAAAGAGAAAAUGGUUCUCCAGCAACUCCAGAUAAAGGAGCUCGACUGCAGGCCAGUCCAGAACGUCCCAGGGAGGUUGUCCUUUCUCCAAAGCAGGGGCAGCCUCUUCACAUUCGGGUAACUCCAGACCAUGAGAACAGUACAGCUACUUUGGAGAUUACUAGCCCAACAGCUGAAGACUUCUUCUCUAGUACUACUGUCAUCCCCACCUUGGGAAAUCAAAAACCACGGAUUACCAUCAUCCCCUCUCCUAAUGUCAUGCCCCACAAAGGAAAAGGUGGUGAGUGCCCAGUGGGCCCAGAGCGAGCUAUGUCACCAGUUACGAUAACGACUUUCUCCAGAGAGAAAUCCUCAGAGACUGCUAAAUCUCCAUUCAUGGAAAGGCCUGUGUCCCCAAUUCAGAUCAUGACAGUGUCUACCUCUGCAGCACCAGCAGAAAUUACUGUGUCCCCUGAAUCGCAAGACAUGACCAUGGGGAGGGCUGUGUUUAAAGUGACACCAGAAAAACAAACUGUCCCAACUCCAGUCCGAAAGUACAAUGCUAAUGCAAACAUUAUUACAACUGAGGACAACAAAAUUCAUAUCCAUCUAGGUUCUCAGUUCAAGCGCUCGCCUAGUGCUGCUCCAGAUGGAGUGAGCCCUGUGAUAACCGUCAGACCUAUGAAUGUAGCGGCAGAGAAAGAGGUUAUGACUGGUACCGUCCUUCGUUCCCCCAGGAACAAUGUAUCCUCAAGGUCGGGAGCAAGCAAGGUUACAAGUACUAUCACUAUAACUCCUGUUACUACGUCAUCCACACGAGGAACACAAUCCAUGACAGGACAGGAUGGGUCAUCUCAGAGACCUGCACCCACCCGAAUCCCUGUGUCUAAAGGUAUGAAAGCCGGAAAGCCAGUAGUGACAGCCCCAGGAGCAGGAAAUCAGACCAAAUUCGAGCCUCGUGCCGAGACUCAGUCUAUGAAAAUAGAACUGAAGAAGUCUUCAGCCAAUAGCUCUCCUACCCUUGGUGGGGGGAAGGGCUGAGGGCAGUGGCUAAGGGGAAAGCAUCGUAAUUCAUCAGUUACGCAUGAACUCCAGAUGAGAUGCCAUGCCAAGUCUGUACUAUACGUGUGCACUUCUCCACGCCACCUGGUUGGAUCACUGCCAAAGCACCACCUCCAUCACUGUGAUCUUCCAUGCUACUGAUCACUUACGGAAGUUUGUUAUUGCUUCCACUUAAAUCUGGGUUUCUUUUGCAGAUUUUAUUUUUUUUAAGCAAUGUUUGACUUUUUGAAAUGAAAUGGAAAAAAAGAACCAUGUCUUUUGUGCCAAUUGAAUUUUACUCAACUUUGCAAAGCCUUUGAAUCAAUUGGUAAAUGUUGGAUAAUUUUUGUUUGUUUGGUGUAAUACAUAAUUUAUUUUUAUAAUACACUUUGUAAUUCAGAGUGUUUUUGUUUUUGCCAAACCUUCUAUUGACUGUGGCACAUUCAUUUGCAGAAUACACUGUCAAAAUUGCAAAGUGCCAAUCUGUAUUUUUUCCUGUUGGAGAUUAUAGCGAUGUUGACGUGACCUCAACAAUGGCACCUUUUAAAGGAAACUCACAACAUUUCCUAGCCAUAACGUGACUGUGAGAUUAAUUGCCCUAAAGACUGCUCUGUGGGAUAGUAUGAUUAUUUUUUGCACUGCGCUGUGGUCUAACAUAAAACUGAAUACCAACAAACCAAAGCCUUGAAACUGUGUAAGAUUUAAGAAGUGUUUUUAAAUGUUGUAAGCUGAUUUCUAUUAUAUAAUGUGUGCUUUUUCAUAUACCUAUACCAAAAAGGUUCCUCUUUAUCACACUGUAACAAAUAAAUUUUCACAAGUGUGCAACAGUAAUAUGGUGUCCAGAUUUUACCACUAGUGUCAGAAAUGGCUGAUAUGAAGCAUAUUUUGAUACCAACUCAUGCUGGAUGAGGAUUGCAAUUUUACAGUUGCCCCAUUAUAAGGCACAAAUACUGAUUUAGUUUUGAGAUUAAAUACUGUAGACUGAUCCUGUGCAGAAUCUGGGACAUCAUUCAGUGAGUUUAGACAUGCCUUACUCUGCAUAAGAUGAAGUUACAAAGUACUAGCUAACUGGUUCAGUGCUGGACUUGUUAUCUUCUUAGUUUGCUACACACUAGAAGACAAUGUGGGGUCAGGAAGACCUAAAUUUAUCUGUAGUAGGGAUUUCGGAUUCUAAACACAUUCGGCAGUUUUUGUGGUGAUGGCCAGGAUCCAAAGAAGUGCUGGGUGCCCCUUCUUUGGCAGCAUUUUCUGCCAGUUUUGCUUUCCUGUUUCAGCCCUUCCUGCUGCAAUAGUUCCUCUGGAAAAUUCUUCAGUCCUCACUCUUGUGGGGAGUGAGGGACUCUAAUGGAACAUAUGGGCCUCAAAGCCCUACUGCAUACAAUUGGAACUUGUGUGUGUGAUCAUUCAGUGCUUGUUAAAGGCACACUAGAAAAGUAUAUAUUUGCAAAACGAAAAUCUGCUGAAUUCUUAGAUUUAUGCUGCUGUUACCAAAUUUGGGGCUGCUUUGAGCACAUUACCCAUGUGUGAUUUCACAAAAGUGUAUGCAAGAAUCUCUACACUAGAAAAAGCCACCUUACUCUUCUAUACCUCAGUACUUUCCUUGAAACUGAAUGCAGUUUUUGCAUCAUGCCUGAGCUGGUAACACUGGCAAAGCAUUCUGGGAAUUGUGUGGCAGUCACAUUUUUAAACUGUAAAAAGUGACUCAUUUUAAACAAUGCUUUUUCAAUAAAAUGCUGUCUCUGCAUUCUUAAGCUA